UUGCAAUGUGGAGGUGUUUUCGAACUUCAUGCGGGUGGGCUGGUCAGAUGACAAAGAAUUGUACCGCAGGGUUGGUCAAAAGUCGUACGGAACAAUGACUGAGGAGAGUUUAGGAUUAGAGCCGCUGGGUCCUAAGCUUAUUGCAUACUUCAAGGAGAGACUGAUAUCAGAGAAAACUCUGAGCAGAAAUGCUGUAAUGCAAAUGUCCGACAACAAGAAUGUAAUUGCUUUUACUUACAGACGGAAUGGAUUGCUUGUUGGUUGCAAAUACCGAACUAUGGAGAAAAGAUUUUGGCAGGGAAAAGGUACAGACAAGAUCUUGUAUGGACUUGAUGACAUCAGUGAUGCAGCUGAAAUUAUCAUUGUUGAAGGGGAAAUAGACAAGCUUUCAUUAGAAGAGGCUGGCUAUCAAAAUUGCGUAAGUGUUCCAGGGGGAGCACCAUCAAAGGUUUCCUCAAAAGAUUUGCCGCCAAUAGAAAAGGAUACUGGAUAUCAAUACCUGUGGAAUUGCAAAGAGUACUUAGAUAAGGUAGAUCGCAUCAUCUUGGCAACUGAUAGUGACCCACCAGGCCAAGCUUUAGCUAAAGAGUUAGCGCGUCGACUUGGGAGAGAAAGGUGUUGGCAGGUACGUUGGCCGAAGACAGAUAAACAGAGCUUUUUCAAGGAUGCUAACGAUGUUUUGAAAUGCGCGGGAGCCGAUGCCUUGAAGAGAAUAGUUGAAAAUGCAGAGCCAUGUUAA